AUGAGUAGUAAUGAAUUGUCUAUAAUGAAUCAGUUAAAUUCUAUAAAUUUAUAUCAAUCAAAUAAAGAAUAUCAAAUUCCAAUGAUUUCUACAUUAAAUGAUUUCAUUGAAACCAUAAGAAUGAUAUUUAAUGAAGAUCAUAUUGAUAUCAAUGAAGUAUAUACAAUUUUAAAGAAUUUUCAAUGUGAUUUCUCAGAAUGGAGCAAAUAUAUAUUUUAUAAUAAAACAAAAUACACACGUAAUUUGAUAGAUGAAGGUAAUGGAAAGUACAAUCUAUUAUUAUUAUGCUGGAGUGAAGAUCAAGGGACAGGAGUACAUGAUCAUGCUGGAGCUGAUUGUUUUGUCAAAAUUAUAAAAGGUCAAAUAAAAGAAACUAUUUACGAUUGGCCAAACAUUUCAAUCCAAAAACUUCAUAUAACUCUACUAAUGAAACUGAUUCUCCAUUAG